GAGGAGCAGAUCUGGUCUCCAUCGCAAGACAGUGCUGCGACCAGCACCCCGUCGUAGUCGCAGGCUCGCAGCCGAUGUAAACUCCUCGUAUUGCGAUGCGAUAGUGGGUUCCGUAAUUCGGGAACAUGGGUUCUUUACACAAGUUGCUCUUUCUGUGGGCGAUUUGAGCAGAACGAUGAACGAAGAAGACCGUCCCCCAUCCCAUUAUCCUGACCCUAUCCAUCACGUCACUUUUUCAGGAAACAACGAAUGAUAGACACGAAUCCCUCAACUGGUACACUUGGCUGAAGUCGAACCUCGGUAUAUAAUAUCUACUUUCUAAGUUUGUAAUUGCUUCUCGAGGUGGAGAGGGGAGGAACAGUGUCUCAGAAACCCAAUCUUCCCUUUGGUUUGAAUUUGCAGAAGCUCAAGCGAAAAGAUAAGAUAAUGGCACAAACACAAGAAGCUAAGGCAAGUUCGAAAAUUCCAAGUUGUGAUGAUUAUUUUGCUGCCAUUCAGUCUAGGAAGAAAUUGCCAUAUUCCUUACAGGAGACUUUAACGGCCGCAUUUGCCAGGAUUCCAGUUUCAUCCUUUCCGGAUGUUCCAGGGGGUAAAGUGAUUGAAAUUCUAGCAGACGCAUCCAUUUCUGAUGCAGUUAAAGUUCUAUCUGAAAACAACAUUAUGUCUGCUCCAGUUAGAAAUCCAGAUACAAAAAGCAGUAUGGAUUGGAGGGAAAGGUAUCUGGGAAUUAUAGACUAUUCUGCAAUCAUUCUCUGGGUGUUGGAGAAUGCAGAACUUGCUGCACUUGCUUUAUCAGCUGGUUCUGCAACUGCUGUUGGAGUAGGUACAGGUGCUGUUGGUGCUAUUGGAGCAUUGGCUUUAGGUGCAACUGGUCCUUCUGCAGUUGCUGGGUUGACAGCUGCUGCAGUUGGUGCAGCAGUAGCUGGAGGUAUGGCUGCAGAUAAAGGGAUGGGGAAGGAUGCUCCAACUGCUGCUGAUCGUCUGGGGGAGGACUUCUACCAAGUUAUCCUUCAAGAAGAGCCUUUUAAGUCAACCACAGUGAGAUCAAUAAUCAAGUCAUUUCGUUGGGCUCCUUUCCUUCCUAUCUCAACAGAUAGUUCCAUGUUGAGUGUGUUACUGCUGCUCUCCAAAUAUAGAUUGAGGAAUGUGCCAGUAAUUGAAACAGGCAAGCCCUUUAUUAAGAAUUUUAUUACUCAAUCAGCAGUGGUGCAGGGCCUUGAGCAAUGCAAAGGGAGGGACUGGUUUGAUUGCAUUUCUGCACGUCCAAUUUCUGACUUUGGGCUUCCUUUCAUGUCUUAUAAUGAGGUGAUUAGCAUCACGAGCAAUGAUCUAAUUUUGGAAGCUUUCAAGCGCAUGAGGGACAACCAAAUCGGCGGUCUUCCUGUGAUAGAGGGACUCUCUAGGAAGAUUGUUGGAAGUGUCAGCAUAAGAGACAUCAGACAUCUGUUGCUUAAACCAGAACUCUUUUCCAACUUCAGGCAACUCACUGUGAUGGACUUCCUGAAGACCAUUGCAUCAACUACAGAAGAAUCUGGGAAGGUUGUCCACCCAAUAACUUGCAAUCCCAAUGCACUACUUGGUAGUAUAAUUGAAACUCUUGCUUCCAAAUCAGUUCACAGGAUUUACGUAGUGGAUGGCGAAGAAAAUGAAGUUGUUGGUAUCAUUACCCUCAGAGAUGUGAUUUCUUGCUUUAUCUUUGAGCCUCCUAACCAAUUUGAUGAGAACUUUGAGUUUGCUAUAAAAGAAAUGUUGAACCAGUGAAAGUUUUGUACUUGGAGACAGUAAUCACUUAAUGAGAAGAAUAUGUAGAAAAUUUCAACUC